CUGGCCUCGGCACAAGCGCAAACAACGAGUGGGGGGAAAUUCCUUCAAUUGCAAAAGGGGGAAAAACAGGCCUUUUGGCUGUCCAGGUCUGCUUCAAACCCACUCCGAAGGGUCGAGGAGCUUCUCAGGAGUCGGUUUACGUGAUUGAAAGUGUGCCGUGGUAUGACGACUACUAACAAGGGAAACAAGGCCUUAAAGGUGAAGCGGGAGCCAGGUGAAAAUGGAGCCAGUCUCACAGAUCAGGAGCUUGUCUCGAUGUCUGUUCGAGAGCUGAACCAACAUCUGAGGGGCCUAACCAAAGAGGAGAUCAUCCGGCUGAAGCAACGUCGCAGAACACUCAAAAACCGCGGCUACGCAGCCAGCUGCCGGGUCAAGCGGGUGACUCAGAAAGAGGAAUUGGAGAAGCAGAAAGCCGAACUUCAGCAAGAGGUGGAGAAGCUGGCAUCCGAGAAUGCCAGCAUGAAAUUGGAGCUAGACGCCCUGCGAUCCAAGUAUGAGGCCUUGCAGAGUUUCGCCAGGACCGUGGCCAGAGGACCCGUCAUGCCAGUUAGAGGUCCCAUCACCUCUGCCAUUGGCCCCAUUAUGCCAGGCAAAGUGGCUACCACAAGUGUCAUCACAAUAGUCAAAUCCAAAACUGAUGCAAGAUCUUAGUAUAUACUGCUCUAGACAUUAUCCAGAGCCAAACUAGUCUGUAGUAAAACUGGUUAAUUCAUGGAAUUAAACACAAGGUUUUAAUGCUUUCUCCACCACCUACCAAAACAAUCAUUUGAAUUGUAUUAUUCUACAAGAGUACACAGGUUGGUGACAAGUGUACAAGCAAAGUGUUAGUUAAAAUAGCCAACCCAGAUCGUCAUAGCAACCUAAACCUUUGGCUUGGCAGCAUAAAGUUGAGGUCUUUAUUAUGCACACAUAUCUGCACAGGCCUCCAAUUCUAACUGAACAUCAUGAGGACAAAUAAUUGAAGUGUGUUGUGGUACCCAAAUGAGUGCUCUACCUUUUUGUGUGAGUAAGUGGAGAGAGCUUCGUUUACUUCGAAUGUCUUGCCACUUGACACAAGUUUAUUUUUCUUGAUUUAUAUAGAAAUGUACCACAGCAAAAGGCCCUUCCAGCCUAACAAGGCUGCAUCACCCAAUUACAGCCAUGUGACCAAUUAACCUACGAACCUGUGUGUCUUUGGAAUGUCGGAGGAAGCCUAUGCGGUCAUGGGGGUGAAUGUACAAACUCCUUGCAGCACCAGCAGAAUUGAACCUGGGUUGCUAGCGCUGUAAUAGUGUUACGCUUAACACUACGCCACCAUACCAUCAUAUAGAUCAACCCCACAGAUUCAUUAAUGCUUUUCAUCACUAAUUUGAAUAAAGUUGGCAAAACAGAAACCCUUUUUUUAUUGGUGCAUUUUAAAAGUGACCUCAUUAAAUGUUUAAAUAAACCCCAAAGUUGUGUAGUAUCAGUAAUAGUCGACCAAUUAGGUUUGUGACAGUCUGUUAAUCCAGAGGGGUGCAUAUUUAUUGGUGUUGUUAUUUCACAUCGAAACCUUGUGGCUAAUUUUUGUGCAUUGACCAGUCAACAGCUUCUCAUAUUCAUGCACAUCUGAACACGGUGUACCGUAUCACCAUGGAGUAAGGUAGUUCAAAUGACCUGUUCAUAUGGUUAAGUAUUCCUUUCUAUUCAUAUGUUACCAUUUUUAUCUUGACUAAUUUAGAGCAUAAAUUAGAAAUUUUGGAUUUUAAUUUAUAUUUUUAAAAACAAUUUAAUAUGCACAGUAUUUAAAAUCUUCAAGUGGGAGAAGGCAGAGUUAUGUCCUUUUGUAACUGAGCUGCUCCAGCAGCCUUGCAUCUGUCUGCCACAAUCCAAGAAGGUGAAAUGGUCAUCUGUACGAUGAGUUUCUCAAUCAUUUCGAAAGUACAGUUUCAUUAGGAGCUCUUGCUUUGGAUAUUUCAAACAGACAGCUUCUGGUAACUUUAACCUUAACAUUUGUAAGCUGUUAAAUCACAAUGUACAGUUGAUGACCACCUUGGAGGCAGAAAUUGAACGUCAGCUGAAGUUUGUAAUUUUAAUGCAUUGCUGAUCUCAACAAGGAGAUGUUUAGUUGUCUAACGAAUGCAUAUACAUAGCAAGUGGAUGAACGGAUUACCACUAACUUGAAGUGACCUCAUUUGCUUGACCCAGUCCCAUUGUCAUAGUACCAAAGUGUUUUAUGUUGCCUCCAAAAACUUUAGCUGAAGUGGUAAUAGAAAAGCAGUAGUCCAAGCACCAGAAAGGAAAACACUAUUACCUGUUCUUUAGCACUUAAGAGGGUUUUGUCCUCUGAAAUGUGACUCAUUGUUUAUUCUGCUGACUACAAUCAGUUGCUGUUCGGCCUUUCAACCCUUGAAAAUGACCGCUGUGUCGAACCUUUUUGCUGAAACUGCUUUUAAAGAGCAAGUGUGAGUAGAAGGGACUGAUUAACCAUAUGAAUGAAAAUAUAUUCAGAGAAUCUUUGAUAGUAAAAGUUCCUCUUUAGUGUAUGUAUACAAAGUAUCUUUGUCAACAUGUAAGGGUAUUCGAGUUUAAUUUUUAUAAGUACACAGAUUAUCAUACGAUAUUUAUAUACAAAAAAUUCAAAAAAAAUUGUUUAAUAGCUUUUACAGAUGUUUCUAGAGUGGCUUAUUGAAAUCAAUAGCUUUCUAGUGAAGCAGCGUGUUAAGUGAAUUCGGGGUGAUGUAUCUGUGAUGUGUUAAUAUGCAGGUUAGUGUUAUUUUACAGUUUAGUUCUGUAUUUAUUUGUGUGUGAGCACAAUGGGGUUUGUGUUGUGUGUGUUUUCUUUCUGUAUUUCCUCCACUUCACCUGCUGCACGUGUGAAUUUACAAAAGAAUUCGACCGACUUUAAGGGCGUACGCGAACCUCGAGUCUGGUUCAGUCAGCAGUCUUGGCUUCUGAAAUAUUCUUUGCCCCAUUUUAACCCUACCAGAAAUAUCAAACUUGGCACAGCAUCUAUUGUUAAACAUUUAAAACCUGAAUUCAUUCUGCAGUUUUCUUUAAAAUGUGAGGGUUAAUUUGUGAUUAAUCUUGAAUUCUUUGAGAGUUUGUUUUUUGUUGGCUUGUACACUGCAGUGGUCUGCAAAAGGUACUCCCUUUGUAUUUUCUGAACUUUGCAUUAAUUUGUGCAUACUUACUACCAACACAGACUAAAGGAUUUCUUCUUUGGUUGUAGUGAAGUAGAAUGUAUAUUACAAAGAUUUGGAAAUGCAAAAUGUAUUCAGUGUCUCAUGUAAUUUUAUGUUGAUUGUGAAAUCAAAGGUGCUGUUCAGUUGUUGAGUUGUUAUUGGAGUUGCUCAGUGUUUGUUGUUGAAUGGCUAGCCUAAUGUUUGAUUGGAAAUACAAAUCUAUUUGGCUAAACUACAUAUGACUUCGGUUUCUCACACACCACAAUCUAUUUGUGAUAUUGUAAUUGUAAAAUCGCUGUUCUUAUCGCAAUAGUUUAAGUAUGAAAGAAUUAUUUUUUAAUUGUCAAAAACAAUUUGUACCUGUGCCAUGAAGGACUGUGCAAAGUAUUCUCAGCAUCUCAUCUCAACUCUGACUAAUCUUUGAAGGACUGAAUCCCUGAUCAUAAUAGUUGACCGUGAGCGCAAUGGGCGGCAACCUUAAAGUUUCUUUAGCAUUUGUCUGAUUUUUACGGAGCCAAGUUGCUAGCUCGGCACUCAACCCAGCGCUGGUGAAAAGCGUGCAAGGAGCUAGGACCACUCACCUUGAAGUCCAGUGCGGAUACCGCUAUUCCACCGGCCGGCUUUUGGUUAGUAUCACAAUUAAAUCAUAUAGCUUGUACUGAAUACAUCUGUUAAUUUUGUUGAAAUGAGAAUUUUUGGAAUGCAAUAAUACAUAUGCAUCUUAUUUUUAAAUUUUUAUAGUUCAUGACAAUGUUGAUUAAAAUAGCUCCAAAUCUCCACACAGUAGUUCUAAAACAUUGCAUCCACAUUUAGCCCAUGCUCUAUGGAUGUCCAUUUGAGAUGUUGAGUGGCUGGUGCUGAGAUCAUGCCUGCCUUCGGCCAGCUUUUAGUGCCAUGUGUAAAUGUUUUGGAAAAAUGCAUCAGCUGUGUUGUAAUUACUUCAUCACCCGACUACACAGCAACUUACUGCUAGAAUUUAAAUUUGAGUCGCAUCUCCUGAGCAUGCCGUUGAGUGUGGAAUCAUACGGACAGGUGUUAAGUGACAACAAAUGCAUAAAUGCAUUUGGUUUGAGUUUCUUUUAACACUAACUCUGAAAUUGAUCAAAACUAUCUGAUUCUAGAAGCCUUUUAAACUUAAGCGAAGCUACCAUUCUUAAAAUGGAUGCUAUUCAAUCACAGAGCAGUUUUGAAAGUUGAAUUUGAAACAAAUGGUACAUUUGUAUAUCUUCCAAGCUUCCAACAUUACACCCCCCCCCCCCCCACCGCCUCCAGAGAUUAAAAUGGAAGUUUUAUCUAAAUAUGUAGACUACCUGUUUAAUUUUCAAUUGGGCAAACCUAUUUCAAGGCCAUUUUGGGAAGUAGAAUUAUGACGUAAAUUGUAAUAUUUGACUGUGCCUAACCAGCAAGGAUUAACUAAGAAUUAUGUAGUUCCCCACAAGAGGGAAUUACAAGUUGGGGAAUAUUUUUUUAGGGACAUGAACGAUAAUCCUAAAGCAACAUUUAUCUAUAUUUGAAGCAGAGGUCUUAUACCAGAAAAGAGGAAAUUGCACUAGAAUUACUGUAUGGGCUGAAGAUUACUUUCUCAAAGGGCUUUUAGAAUGCAUCAGUUCGACAUUUUGAAAGAGAAACUGUUGAUUAUCAGGAGAACCAGGCGUUCAUGAUGAUGCGUCCAACGCUAUGGGAGUUAAUAGAUGUGGAGUAUUACAUUGUUUAAAAGAAAUAUAUUUUUAAAGACAUUUUGUAAACGAGCUAAUCAGUGUGACACCGGUAGGUAAAAGAAUCACUUCUCCCUGACACUUCCCUGAAGGGACACAAAUGUAACUGAAGCCUUGUUCUGAUUCCCAUUCAGAUGCUGAAGUGAUUUGUUUUUCAUUGUUAAUGCUCUUGGUCUGUGACGUUUAUUCUGUGAAUAGUGUAAGUGCUUGUUUUAGCAAGUGCUUUUGUACGUGAGGUGUGUGACGUACGUGCGUACGGCUUGGUGAUUGUAGUUAAAGUGAGGCUCUUCAAAUAUGCAAUCAGCAAUUUGUUUCUAGCACAACAGUGCUGGAAUAGUGCCCUACAGAUAGCUAGGUGACUACUCAUUGUACAAAUAAUGUAUCGAUAUAAGGGCUAAAGAAUUUGUAUUACAGGAGUGUGAGUGUAUGUGUGUGUGUGUGUGUGUGUGUGUAUGUGUGUCUGUGUUUUAUAGUUUUCAAAGUUAUAGACUGGAAUAAAACAGGCUAAAGGUCAGUUUUGUUAAUAUAUUAGCACAGAUUACGAAGAGACAUGACUAUUGCAUUUAAACCCUUUGGUUUGGAUCCCAUGUGAAAUGUUAUAUUUCGCACAUGCUAAUGAGGAAUGUUUUAUUUCUUGCAAAAGCGUAACCUUAUGAUGAUAUUAGACUUGAUCAUAAAUUAUGAAAGCAAAAAAAAUCAAGCUAUGAAUCUUUGGGUGAUUACCUGAUAAUUUCCACACAAUUACUCAAUUAUUUGGGUGUGCUUCCCAACUUUGCAAGCGGUUCUCCUCUUUGCUUGCUAAAUGUCUUGUUGGUUAAUGCAACAAUGCGACUGGACAAGAGGUAAAAUAUCCUCAUUUUCCUUAUUUGAUGAUCGGCACUCCGGGAUGCAUAUCCAACACCUUGCAGAGAAGUGCUCACGUUUUGGAUUUGGUUGGGCAGGUAUUUUGUUUUGCUAUUGUACUCAUUGGCAGAGUGCUGCAUUCAGCUUUAUAUUUGUUACAGCCCUUUGACCAGAUGCUGGAAAACUUUAGAAUGCAUUACCAGCCAUUGUGGGCACAAUAUUUGGUGAUUGCAUGUCACUGGGAAGUUAAACAUAAGGAGAUACUGUAAGAAUCAGGAAUGUGGAACCUCGAAGUUUUGCUCCUUUGAUUAUUUGAAAUGAAGCCCUUUCUCUGGACAUAUUUGAGAAGAAAAUGCUGCUGUAGAUUUUGCUUUUACGUGGGGCUAGUCUAGCUGUAAUAUUAUAGUUUUUUUUUGGACAAAUUUCUUUGUGGCUGCCCGUUCUACUCAUCUCUGAAUCUUUGAAACGUUCAUACUUAAUGCUGGCUCCUGGAUUGAUUUUAAAGCUGCUUCAAAUUUACUGCCCCUCCACAAGAUCCAUCUCAAUCUUUUGGAGCCUACAUAUCUCAAAUUUCAGAAGUGUAAAUGUGUUAGCUAUAGAACAUGCACAUCAGUAUCAAAGAAUGGGUUGUUAGCAAAAGUACCUAGCUGAUCAAAUUUGUUAAAGGAUCCAUGUAAAGGGGGGGGGGGGGGGGAAAGAGUGGUUUUUACUUCCCAGAGGGAUUGUAGUCACACUGAAGAUUGAAUGUUGUGAGGAGAUUUACAUGCAACCACAUGGAGUGACGGGAGAUUGUGCAGUAUCAGGUAAACUAGGUUAUAGCUCUUCUGAUGACUUUGCUGCCUGUAUCAAAUUCUGGCCCAAAGGGUGUAAUGAAUCACUCUGUUGUCGUACUUUGUAUAAAGAGUCCAUUUAAUAAGUAUUUAUUACCUAAAUUAUUGUACUUUAUGAUCUGUAGAUAAGUAUGUAUUCAUAACUGCCAUGAAAAUUAACUGUAUCAGUUUCCAUUGGAUGCAUCAUUAAUUUAUUUCUGUAUAUACUGUAUGUUUGUUGAGAUACAGCUUACUUUAUUUUGUAUAUGACCAAUAAACACCUUUUAAAGUGA